AUGUCGUCUUCGGCCGCGCCAACCAACGCUGUCCAAUCAGCAGCCCAAGGCCCCGCCGCCCCCUCCAACAACAACAAGAAGAAGGCAAAUAAAAGGAAGAAGGGCAACAAGGGCAACGCCCCGGUCGGCAACACUACCACUACCACCACCACCACCACGCCGAGCACGCCGAGCACGCAGAACACGCAGAACUCCCCUGCACCCGAGCCAAACGCACCAGAGCCAAACACAGCCGGACAGAAGGAUGGCGUUGAGAGCGCACCGGUCGACGAAGUGUCAGAAGAGCUAGAGACUCUCGGUUUGAAUACCUCCAACCCGCCACCAGAACCGCACGCUGCGGUAGACCGGCCGGGGACAGAACCGAGUACCUCAGAGGAAGAAGGAGAGGCGGGAACAGCGACGUCUGAACCGACUGAGAACACCGAAGACGAUUCGAGACGUGCGGCUAACGGCCAUGCUCGCGCAAACGGGCAUUCACCAACCGGGUCAAUAUCAGGGGCGCAAGACGCCAAGUUAGAAGCCAUGUCAGAAGACCACGACGCUCUGCGGCUCGAGGUCGAGCAGCUGCGGAAGCAGGUCGAAAGCACACAAGAAUCGCAUUCCCAAGAAACCGCACAACUACGGGCCGACUUGGAGGACGCCGAGGCCGCCAAGGAGUACGCCGAAACCCAGUACCAAACACUCUUAAAUCGCGUCGAGAAAAUCAAGGAGACGCUGGGCGACCGCCUGAAGCGUGACAAGGCUGAGCUAGAGGAUACCAAGGACCGUGUCGAUGAGCUUGAGAGGCAAAACGAUGAGCUACAAAGGACAGUGGCCGAGCGCGAGGAGGAAGCAGGCCGCCUGAGGGAUGAAGCGCAGGAGCAAGGACGCGAGCUGGCCGGCUUGCGCAGCAGGAGCAACCUGUCGCAACAAAAUUGGCUCAAGGAGAAGGACGACAUUGUACGGCAAAUGCAGAACCUCAAGGGCGAGCUCGAGUCCACAACCGCCGCCAUGGGCGAGUGGGAAGUCAUUGCCAUGGAGGAGCGCUCCCUACGCGAGAGCCUAUCCGACAAGGUAUCCGACCUGGAAGAGCAGGUCGCUACCGCGCGUGAGGCGCACGAACGAGCCGAAUCGGACCGGGAUUCGCAAUCACAGGCUGUCGGGCGUCUCCAGCGUGCACUCCAGGAGCUCCAAGACACGCGGAAGAGGGAGCUACGCGAGAUGGUUGAGUCCACAGAGGAGCAGGUGCAAGCGCUCAAGAAGAUUUCCCAAGAGGCCGAUACACGAGCCGUCGAAGCCGAAUCGGCCAAGGAGACGCUAUCAAAGGAACUCGAGCGGACGGCGCCGUUCGAAAAGGAGGUCAAGGAAAAGAACCUACUAAUCGGCAAGCUACGGCACGAGGCGAUCGUACUAAACGACCACCUCACGAAGGCACUCAAAUACAUCAAAAAGACCAAACCAGAAGAAACAAUCGACAAACAACUCGUAACAAACCACUUCCUCCAAUUCCUCACCCUCGACCGCUCCGACCCCAAGAAAUUCCAAAUCCUCCAAGUCAUGGCCAACCUCCUCAGCUGGAACGACGACCAGCGCGAAAAGGCCGGCCUAGCCCGACCCGGCGGCGGCGGUGGCGGCACGGCGUUGGGGGGAAGCGGCAACACGCUGCGCCUGCCGGCGUCGCCCUUCCACCGCACCCCGAGCUCGCCCGCCCUCAGCACCGAGUUCCUCUCCGACGCCGCGACCUCGGGCAGCGGCAGCGGCGGGGCGCGGGAGUCGCUCGCUGAUCUGUGGGCGAGUUUUCUGGAGCAGAGCGUUGAUGAGGCGACUGGGGGCGGUGGUGGUGGUGGUGGGACGUCGUCGCGGAAGGGUAGUGUCGCGAGUGCGAGUACGACGGGUGGGGGGCGGCCGGAUACGAGGGGGCAUAGUUGA